AUGUCUGCUCAAUCCGUCACACGGGCUCUUCGUGACAGCAAAACGCCGGUGAUUGAGCGAUGUCGUAUUUCUAAUGAAUUACUGGUGAAUUCCAGAUUCAACAAUCGAGACGUUUAUCUCCCAAAACGGGAAAUGGUCGUUCUGCAGUGGCUUUUUGACUUGUUAGCACAAGAUGCAAAUGCGAGAAACGAGCCGGAGAUCUGGAAAAGCUUUGUGCGUAGCUGGGAACGGUGCGACGAUUCUACAAAACGCCAGCUCUAUCAGAAAAGUAAGUUUUCGCAGAUCCUUGUUAGCUCUAUUGAGCAGGGGCCCAUCGAUGCUAUCGAUCUGGGUGUGCAGGCCAUCUCCAAAACGUUAUUGAUCCAUUUCUUAAAUGACCAACAGGCAUGUGCUUUUAUCUCUGGGUUCUUCAAGCGCCAAUUGAAAGCCGAUAGUAUUGAGAAACUUAUCUCCAACACGGUUCUUUCCCGGCCUAAGCUGCUCAAGGGCCAGGUAAAUAUGCUACCUUUACUUGUGGAUACCCCUCAUUUGGAUGCUCUUGUGCGUAAUCCUGGGGUCGAUAUACUGACUUUCGUUGAGGAAAGCCAUGUUCCAAUUGUAUUUUCUUCUGUGAUCUCGACGGGGGUUGACGUUCCGUUCCGUUUCCUCUGGCUGACCAAAAAAUUCCCUGGCCAAAUCUCCAACAUGCUAGAGAUGCUGGAUACGAAACUAGAUAAAGACGUUGUUGUUAAUCUUGUUGAUGAGCAGCUCAAAAACGAAACGCCGGACUGGAAGGUUGUCGCUUCUCUCUGUAAUAUGCACUAUGAGCCUGUGUUUGACAGAAUUGACGAUAUUUUGAACAAACUUAAAGUACGCUGGUCGGAACAAGUUAUAAUUACCCUCAUCACAAAAUACUCUCAAGCACGGAGACUCCCUGAUUUUCUGGUGCUUUUGUCCAAGAACUUUGCGGUCGAGGGCUUGCGACAGGAUGAGCGCACGGUUGAGACUCUUCGCAUUUCAGUUUUAUCACUGUCGGCACAUCAACUUGUGCAGCUUAUCAAAAUUUUAAAGGGCGAAUGGCUGACUUUUGUCGUCGAAAACCUAUCCUUUGUCAAUACUUCACAGGAGGCUAGGGAGGUGUUGGCAACUGUUUCAGAAACCGAUGAUCGGUUUUCUUAUGCUGCAAAUAUUCUAUACCCCUCCAUUAAGAAAAAAGCGUCGUCCAGCAAAAACCGUGACUGGGCUAGAAUAGCUUAUCUUUUAAGGCUGAAAGAGCUCGACCCUGGCUUUGAGGUACGUGAUAAAGAUGUCUUGCGCUGGCAAGGCUCUCAUCGCCAAGCAUAUGAUUUGACUGUGAGGUUCUUCAAGGUUUUGGACAUGCUUGAGGAGAAUCAGGUACGGCACAUAGUCUCAUUUUUAACCUCUGUGAAUGACUUGUUUGCUCAGCCUGAGAUAUUUGAAACUAAGAUUGUAUUCCAAACGCUCCUGGAUCGGGCUAUGAAAUGCUCUAAUAAAAGCUCACUACUACUCGUCCCUAUCGACUCGGUGAGUAAAAAAGAAAGAGCUGCAAUCUUUGAUCUAGCGUGGACAGAGGCUAAUUUCGCUCUCCUUGAGCAUUGCUUGAACUCUCAAUCCAGAGUCACUAUCGACCAUGAGCCCGGAGACUAUUUGAAGCUGUUGAGAAAAUUAGAUGCCAAUCAGUUCCAAACUGCUAUUGAUAUCACUAAACUUUUAGCUGUCAACGAUAGCUUCAUCCAAAAACUGAAAGGUACAAAGUGGAGUUUCAAGAACUGGCAGGACCUUGUUGUUGCUGCUGCCUCUGGUUAUGAAAACAAAACGGAGCUAGCUGAGGUGGUUAAAACCAAUUUGAAGUCUGGAAAGUUCAUUGAGCAGAGUGUCGCUGUGCUGAAUAUGAUUCGGGAUGUUUCCACAGACUUGGGUUUAGAUAUUUCAGCACUCGCUAUUUCAAACCCCUCCCCAUCAAUCUUUUCUCUUCUUUGCCACCAAAACUAUGACUGGCAGCUGAUUUUUGCUUAUUUCGUUUAUACGGGUUGCAAAUAUAACCAAGUCUUUGAUGCUUUCUUGUUAGAGUUGGAUUCCGAAAGCUUUUCUGCACUUGUGUCGGUUGCUAGUACUGGAUACUAUGCUGUUUUUAAGCAAGCUUGUGCGCGGCUCCAAAAAAGUCCAGAACACGUCGCAGUUUAUACUCGCUUAUUGGUUUCGUUGCAAGCACGAUUUGAUUCCCUGACCGAAAAUCAAAUACGCGACUUCUUAUCGCUUUCAGAGUAUGUGAUUCGCGAGCAAUCAUGGAUUCUAGACCAAUAUGCGCUUGAAGCUACUUUGAGAGUAAUUUCCAGAAUUGCAUCUUCCGAGUUCCAAGCUGAGGUUUCAGACUCGCCAGGCCUCUACUCAUCCAUGUGCUUGGUUACAAGUCGUAUCUUGCUUUUUCAGAGAUAUAGGCUAAACGGACGCAUGGCACUGGUUAUUGCAACUCUGACGCAACUACUGGCAUGCCUGGGUAAAUCCGGCGGCAAGCACUCUGUGACAUGGUUGGAUGCAAAUGCUGAGCAGGCAGUCCUUUUUGUCCGUUUGGUUGGAAACCUGUGCAACCCUCCACAACAGAGCGUUCGAGAAGCUGCGGGCGAGCAUGGUUUGACUUCGUCAGUUGCUAAGGCGAGACGCUAUGUCGCACAGCAUGUUGGCGUGUUAAUCGGAAAUGCUGUGCACAUUUCGCUGCAGUCUGGUUUCAAAGCAGACGUGAGAGCUGCGUUGCAGCCUGGAUUGUUUGCAAUGAUCGAUACCGUUGGAGUUCGAGACUUUAUGGGCGUUACUGCGUCUCUUGAUGGCCCUGGUCGCGCGUACCUCAAGCCUAUCUACGACGAGUACAAAGCCAGCGGCAAAUGGUCUAAAGAUUGA